CAGCAGAAUCCUCACACAUUCAGGUGCUGCUGAAGCAUCAAAGAGGAACCCUUCAGAAGAUGAAGCUUCUAAUGCUGACCGUGGGGCUGGCCCUGGUGUGUGGCCUACAGGCUCUCAAUAACAAUGCAGAAGACUCACCAAAGCUUACUGGGAAGUGGUUCACAGUUGCAUUGGCCUCAAAUGUGACAUCUAAGAUUGAGGAAGGAGGUAGCUUGCAGAUAUUUGUCAAAAGUCUCUGGGAACAUGAUGGUCUUCUUAGUGCAGUCUUCUUUAAAAGGCAAAAUGGCAAAUGCAUUCAAUUUUCUGUGACUUCUUUCCCAGGAGAAGAUGGUCAAAUGCAUGGAUUAUGUAAGUAUAAAUGA